AUGCAAAGCUGGCUUCUGUGCGAAUCACCUAUAAAUGGUGCUUCUGAUUUUUUUUCAAAAAAAAUAUGCUGCAUGAAUAAAGAGAGCGGCCAAAACCAUAAAACAAUCAUGAAAAUAUUUAACAAUAACUUGAAUAAUAAUUCUAAGAUAAUUGCUUUAAGAAGAAAACGAGGAGAUAUAGGAAAAAUAAAAUAUUUACCUUCUUUUUCUAAAGAAUGGAAAAACAUUGUUUAUUGUUAUAAUAAAAAUAAUUUAAAAAAUAUACCAGUUAAUAAUGUAAAUAUUAAUAAAAUAAUUAAAAGUUAUUUUAAUUUAUAUUUCAAAAAUCAUAAAUUCGUAGGUUCUAAAAAAUUUAUAUUACUUAAAAGAAGACGAAAUUUUUUAAGAAGAAUAUAUGUGAGUAAUGCGGAAAUUAAACAUACAAAUAAUAAAGCAAUAAUUACUUUAUAUACUGUAAACAGAGAAAGCCUAAUAUUAAAAGAAAAAUAUUUAAAAAUAAAUAAAAAAGUUAGUAAAAAUUUAAUAAAACGUUUUUUAUUGUUAUAUAAAAAAAAUGUUGCUUGCUCCGUUUCCGACCAAAGCAGUAGAAUAUACGAAAUAUUCCAUAAUUUUAGCCUUAAAAACAAUAAAUAUCUAUACGAAUAUACUUUUUCAGCUGAUCGACCAAUACCAAAAAAAAUUUUUUUAAAUUAUAAAUUAAAAUACUUAAACAAAUUUAUAAAAUUCCAAAAUAUUUAUUUGAAAAAAAUAUGAAGUCUUAUUAUUAGUAAAUAUUGAAAUACAUAUUUGAAAUUAUUAAGAAAAUAUGACUUAAUGUAUUCUCUAAAUAAGUAUAAAUUUAAUAAACAAAUAUUUUUACCUAUUUUAAGCAAUAUAUUAAAUAAAAUAAUAAGAAAAAAAAUAGAAUAUAAUAUAAUAAAUUUGAAAUCUAUUGCAUAUAAUACAGAUCUUUUUACUAAUGCUUUAGCUUUAAAAUUAAAAAGAAGAAAAAAAAUUGCCAUUAUGAAAAAUAUGUUUAGUAUAUUAAAUAGAGCUUAUUUACCAAUCGUUGAUACAAUAAGAGCUUGCAGAUCUCAUAGGGGAUAUAGCCGCUCCUCUUUAUACAAUAAAGGGGAUCCCUGUUACAAAGCAGCAGGGAUAGGAAGUCUACACUCACAAGCUCAAAAUAUUAAUUUAUUUUUAAAUGCUCCGCAUGAAUAUAAAGAUUUAAAAUUAAUUUCUAUUUUAAAUAAUACUGCUGCUUCAGGGUAUACGUACCAUUCGGAUCAGAAAGAACAAAUAGGUGCGUUACUAGGUAGCAGAAAAAAUAUGCAGCUGAAAAAUUUUGAUAAAUUAUUAGGUGAUUGUUUUAAUACUAAGCAAAUUCAUAAUACAAUAUACAAUUCUAUAGGUUAUAAAAACAUGAGAGGUAUAAGAUUAGAAAUUAAAGGUAGAUUAACUAAACGUUAUAGAGCAGAUCGUUCUAUAUAUUCACUAAAAUGAAAAGGAGGAUUGAAGAAUGUAGAUUCAUCCUUCAAAGGUUUAAGUUCCGUUUUAUUUAGAGGAAAUUCUAAUUCAAAUGUAUCUUAUUCAAUAUAUAACUCAAAACGUCGUAUUGGAGCUUUUGCUGUAAAAGGUUGAAUAAGUGGUGCUUAG